AUGGGGGGCAAAUCUGCGAACAAGGCCGGCUACUUCGACAAGCUCAAGGGCUUGCUCGAGGAGUACAAGUCCAUCUUCAUCGUCUCCGUCGACAAUGUCUCGUCUCAGCAGAUGCACGAGAUCAGACAGUCCCUCCGUGGUGAGGGUGUCGUCCUGAUGGGCAAGAACACCAUGGUUCGCCGUGCCCUCAAGACCUUCAUCCCCGAUGCUCCCGAGUACGAGCGCCUGCUCCCCUUCGUCAAGGGCAACGUCGGCUUCGUCUUCACCAACGGUGACCUCAAGGACAUCCGUGACAAGAUCCUCGCCAACAAGGUCGCCGCCCCGGCCCGUGCCGGUGCCGUCGCUCCCUCCGACGUCUGGAUUCCCGCUGGCAACACUGGCAUGGAGCCCGGAAAGACCUCUUUCUUCCAGGCCCUCGGUGUCCCCACCAAGAUUGCCCGUGGUACCAUUGAAAUUGUUUCGGACCUGAAGCUCGUUGAGGCCAACACCAAGGUCGGCCCCUCCGAGGCUACCCUCCUUAACAUGCUCAACAUCUCCCCCUUCACCUACGGUAUGGGCGUCGCUCAGGUCUACGACCAGGGCAACACCUUCCCCUCUGAGGUUCUCGACAUCUCUGAGGACCAGCUCCUGAAGGCCUUCGGCGGUGCUAUUGCCACCAUCGCCGCUGUCUCCCUGGCCAUCAACUUCCCCACCCUUCCCUCCGUCAUCCACUCCUUCUUCAACGGUUACAAGAAGGUUCUCGCUGUCGCCAUCGAGACCGAGAUCAGCUGGCCCGAGAUCGAGGAGCUCAAGGACCGCAUCGCCAACCCCGAUGCCUACGCCUCUGCCGCCCCCGUCGCCGCUGCCGGUGGCGCCGCUGCUGAGGAGGAGACCAAGGCUGAGUCCGAGAAGGACGAGGAGUCUGACGAGGAUGGCGGCUUCGGCGGUCUCUUGUAUGUUUUCUCCCUACCCCCUUCCAGUGAUGAGUUGCAGUGUUUGCUAACUUCUUUCCCAGCGACUAAAUGCUUUGACGGGAAAUCGGUGUUACGACGGCUUCUAUCUGGGUUACGACUGGGUUUACGACGACAUGUCGAUCUAAAGCACGGCUACAUAGAUGGGUUGCCGGUCAAUUAA